CGGUACUGUCAGCCUCAUGCAUGAUGUGACGGCAGGAAAACUCACAAGAGGAAGCAUGGGAUCCAACCUGACUUCACCUUGACUUCACCUUAUUGUCUGUGGACCAACCUGGAUCAUCAAACACAUUCAGGUCCAACAUGAUGCGGGUUUGGAGGAGCAGCGUUGCCCCGGCAGAGUCUGGAAUCAACAGUGUGACGACAGACGACAAUAUGAGGAAGAGGAGCAGUUUUGCUCAAAACACGAACAACUCCAACAACAAUGACGGCAAAAAAGAUGACAAGAAGGAUGAACCGAAGAAGGACAACAAGGAUGACAAGAAAGACGAUAAAAAAGACGACAAGAAAGACGAUAAAAAAGAUGAAAAGAAAGACGAUAAAAAAGAUGAAAAGAAAGACGAUAAAAAAGAUGAAAAGAAGGACGAUAAAAAAGAUGAUAAAAAAGACGAUAAAAAGGAUGAUAAAAAAGACGACAAAAAGGAAGAACCUAAAGAGGUGUGGAUCAUGGACCCAGCCACAGAUCUGUACUACUACUGGCUCUGCACCAUCUCCAUCCCAGUUUUCUACAACCUCAUGCUGCUCGUGGCCAGGGCUUGUUUCAAUGAACUCCAGUCCCAAAAUUCCACAAUGUGGAUGGUUUUGGAUUAUAUCUCAGACACCCUCUACUUUAUGGACACCUUUGUACGAGCUCGGACAGGUUUUCUGGAGCAAGGUUUGCUGGUGAGGGACGAGAAGAUCCUGAAAGAAAAGUACAUGAAGACGCGACAGUUCAGAUUAGACGUUAUAUCCCUAAUUCCCACAGAUAUCGUGUUCCUGAAAAUCGGAGUAAAUAAUCCAGAGUGGAGGUUCAACCGCCUGUUUAGGUUGGCCAGACUUUUCGAGUUUUUUGACAGGACUGAAACUCGCACCAACUUCCCCAACAUCUUCAGAAUUGCUAAUCUUGUGCUUUACAUCAUCAUCAUCAUCCACUGGAAUGCUUGUCUCUACUUCGCCAUAUCCAAAGUGCUGGGUUUUGGUUCCGAUACUUGGGUUUAUCCAGCCCUGAGUAACCCCGAGUACGCCCGUCUGGCUCGACAGUACAUCUACUGCUUCUACUGGUCGACGCUGACCCUCACAACAAUCGGAGAAACGCCACCGCCGGUCCGAGACAUUGAGUAUUUCUUUGUGGUCGUCGACUUCCUUACUGGCGUCCUCAUCUUCGCUACCAUCGUCGGUAACGUUGGUGCGAUGAUUUCCAACAUGAACGCUGCUCGUGUGGAGUUCCAGGCCAAGAUCGACUCCAUCAAACAGUACAUGCAUUUUCGGAAGGUGACCAAAGACCUGGAGGCGAGGGUGGUCAAGUGGUUCGACUACCUCUGGACGGAAGAGAAAACCUGCGACGAGAAGCAGGUCCUGAAAAACCUCCCGGACAAGCUUAAAGCCGAGAUCGCCAUCAACGUCCACCUGGAGACGCUCCAGAAAGUCCGCAUCUUCCAAGACUGUGAGGCUGGAUUGCUCGUCGAGUUGGUGCUUAAACUUCAGCCUCAAGUUUUCAGUCCUGGGGAUUAUAUUUGUAAGAAGGGCGAUAUUGGAAGGGAGAUGUAUAUAAUCAAAGAGGGGAAGCUAGCUGUGGUCGCAGAUGAUGGGGUGACGCAGUUCGUCGUCCUCAGCGAUGGAGCGUACUUCGGGGAAAUCAGCAUCCUCGGGAUCAAAGGCAGCAAAGCGGGAAACCGAAGAACAGCCAAUAUCCGAAGCGUCGGAUACUCAGACUUAUUCGCCUUGUCCAAAGAUGACCUAAUGGAAGCGCUUAUCGAGUAUCCUGAUGCGAAAUACGCCCUGGAGGAGAAAGGAAGAGCGAUCCUGAUGAAAGACAACCUCAUUGACGAAUCGCUGGUCGCCGCCGCAGACGCCAAAGACAUGGAAAACAAAGUCAGUCAGAUCGAGACCAGUUUAGAUGUCAUGACCCUCAAAUUACGCAAACUGUCGGAGCAGUACGAAUCAUCUCAACGGAAACUCAAGCAACGGCUCACCAACAUGUCCAACCAGGUCCGGACUCUCAGAUAAACGACAAAAACUGCGUCCAUGAAACAUCAACAGCUGCAAAAUGGACUGAAAUCUGAGAGUUAAACCAAAAAAUCUAGUUAUCAUAUCUGCACAUGUAGAUAAAUAAACUGUAUUAACGUCUCAAUUUAUGUAUUUUGUUCUUUGUAGCUUCUUAACCCUUUCAUUCAUGACAUUACUGCAGUGGACAGUUAUUCAGUCUUUAAUUAAAGCUACAUUAUUUGUA